CUUUCUUUCUUUGUUUCUAAUGUAAAACAUUUAUUACUACCAUAUUAUGUUUUUUUCUUUAUUACUUUUAUUUGGAAAUGUUAAACCUGUCUCUUUUCCAGGUGAUACUUUUAUUCUCCCACCUUUCUACCACCAUGAAAUCUCAUUGAUCGAAACUCAAGCCAUUGACUACACUCCCUCCUAUAUUGAUAUUACCUUGGAUAUUCCUGUUUUGAAUGAUGUUGCCUUGGAUACACCUAUUUCAAAUGCUAUUGCCUUUCAUCCAUACCAAGUCUUUGCUCUCCACGUUUACCUGAUCGUUUUCCUUGUCGGGAUGUUGUCUGGUGUAUAUCUCCUCCUUGCUUUACCUGUCCUGUCACGUCUACUGCGUAAACCCUCUGUCUCUACCUUCCGAAAAAAUAUCGCGUCAUACAACAACAUGGUAGUUCACCCGAUAUUAAUGUUGAUCUCUACCUGGUUACGUUACUUCUGUUCCUUCUGUCUUCGGGUACUUUGGCCUUUGAACUGUCUUCUUGUUUCUCGUUGCCUUCGGGCUUUAUGGUCUUUCCUUUGUUACGUGGAUUCAUUCAUAGUACGUAACUUGUUUGCUCUCCUUCAUCGUCCCGCUGUUUCUCCUAUGUCCGCAGAUCAUCUUGUAAGAGCUAUCUCUCAACUUGAUGACAUCUCUGGUUUAGCUCUUCUAUAUUGGGUAUACUUCUUUUAUCACCAUGCUGAUAAAAAACCUCUAGUAUCACGACCUCAACCCAAUAUAGAAGCUGUCUCAUUUCCACCUGUCCCUACUACCGGUAAGAUAAAAAAAAAAAAAAAGAAAAGAAAAGAGCUACUUGUACUCACCUCUUGGUACUUAGAAACCAUUGAUGAUGAAGAUGAAGAUGUUGCUUGUUUGCCCUCUUUCCCUGCAGCUACUUCAGUCCCUACAGCUCUCAUCGAAACCAUUGAUGAUGACGAUGAAGAUGUUGCUUGUUUGCCCUCUUUCCCUGCAGCUGGUCCUGUCCCCUCGAAUACCCUUAAUGAUGAUCAAGACAAUAUGAUCCAUCAUUCUUCUUCAUCCAUCGCUGUUGUCUCCCUCUCAUGUCCCGUCGAACCCAAAGAUGAUGGCCCAUCUCAUCUUUCUCCUUCAUCCGUCAUCCCUUCAUCCUCCACAGUCCUUCGUUCACCAUCACCCACCGGUAUGAUUACAAAGGAUGAAGAUGUCUCCUCUCCACAGCUUCCUCCUACUCCUGUCCCUCAAUCUGGUAUUGAUGGUGUACAAGAUGAUGUCUCUUCUCCUUCUUCUCCUUUGGUGGCUCCUCCCACUCUAUCUCCUCCUCUCACUGUCGCCAUCCUGACAGAUGCCUUGUCAGAAGAUGAAGAAAUGGCUUCAUCCGAUAGGUUCGAUUUUGUCAUCGAAUCAGAAGAUGAAGUCAUGGCCUCUCCUCCUCCUGCUAGCUCCCCAUCACCUGAGCCUCUCAAUGUCCCGUCCUUUGAUGCAUCAGUUCCCGAAAGUGUUGUCCCUCCUCCUUCAUUUUCCUUCCUUCCUCCUGUCCCAUUGGCUGCUCCGACUCCAUUGGUUAUUCCUACCUUCUCCGCUUCUCCCUUUACCUUUUUAUUCGACAACACUGCUCCUUCUCCCUCUUCAUCUGUCCCUACUGUUAGUUCUCAUACAGCUACAGUAGAUCCUCGACUUCCUUGUCCUCUCCCUGCUGCUCCUCUUCCUUUUGCUCCUCUUCCUUCAUCACUCCCAGUCAUCAGUCAGGAUUUACCCUACAUGCCUGACUGUUCCGAUCAAAACACCCCCAAGGAAGAGCGCAAAAUAAUCCAGCCUCGUCGCUUGCGCCCUGUGAAAGAAGCUUCCUCUUCAUCACCUGCUCCUCCUCUUCUUUCACCCACCCCAUCAUCUGUCCCUCGUCUUCGCAUCAUCCCCCCAAGAAGACCUCCAACCCCAACCCCAUCCGUCAUUCCACCAACAAGACCCCCAACCCCAAGACCGUCAUCAUCCAUUCCCGCCAUCCCACAACCAUCAUCAAGGUUCAAACCUGACAUGCCGCCUCCUCCACCAAGACCUCGACGGUCUAAAAAUCCUCCUUCAUCAUAAAAAAAAAAAAAAAUUACCUAUAUUAUAUAUUUUUUUAUUUCUUUCUUUUAUUUCAGUUUUUAUAUUCUUUUUUUUCUCAAUAAACGUAUUUUUUAUUUACUUCAUUACAUUAUAUUACCGGAUGAUGAUUGUGAUAUUGGUAUGGAUAGUGAUAAAAUAAUAAAUAAAAAAUAAU